CUACAUUAAGCCCGCCGCUCAGCUUGGAUUAUCGUUUUGUUGGUUAUAAAUUGGGUGAAACAAGUAACUAGAUUUCAUACGCACAUUUUAAGCAUCUUGUUCUUUAGUAUUAAACUGGAAUUAUGAUUUUAUAUAGAUGUAUGCUUGUAAUGCACCGUUCUGUAUGUAUUUAUUCUGUACAACUUAUUUAAAAUGUUCCGUUGUAGUGUUUUCGUCGCCAUUUUGACUGGCCAACUUGAGGAGGACUCUAUACAUGCUCCGAUAAAUUUAAUAUUUUAGUAGGUUUAUAGAUCAGUGAUAAAUGUGAAAGUUCGGUAACACAUUCAUUAAUACUGAGGGAUGGCUCAGCAAAGUAACACAAUAGAUUUGAUCAUUCAGGAUGCGAAUGGUCAGCCACAGCUGAUCAAGGUACAAAAUCCAAAUGCCAAACAAGGGAUUCGUCCCCUCAGUGCCCAAACAUUGAGAGUGAUUAAAUCUGGGACUCCGGUAGUGAGUGGAAGCAACGCCAUGGUGAUACAACAACCGAUCCUCAGGACCAUUCCUGCGGCUAAACCUGGUCAAAGACAACUAGUGAUCCAGACCGGGAGCCCCGUCAGUCUCAAGCCUGCCACUCCGGAACUACCCUCGUUACUCACCAAGCCGGCUGUCACUCAGCAGCAACUGACUCCUCAACAUAUUCAAAUGAUGCCAAGUACCAACCCUCCCAAAGCAUAUGUAGCACCAAUGAUUCUCGACAGAAGCGGCAACAGGAAGCGACAGGAACUGGAAAUGGACUUUGUUCCAGAGUAUAGCAAGCGUCGUAAAACAGAAAAAGGCGGAAAAGGUCUGCGGCAUUUCUCUAUGAAAGUCUGUGAAAAGGUUAGAAAAAAGGGAGUAACUUCUUACAAUGAAGUCGCUGACGAACUCGUUGCUGAAUUCACAAACCCUGCUUUAAACACAGGGACUCCAGACCAGCAAUAUGACCAAAAAAAUAUAAGGCGAAGAGUAUACGAUGCCCUCAACGUGUUGAUGGCGAUGAACAUCAUCUCCAAAGAAAAGAAACUGAUCAAGUGGUUGGGCUUGCCGACCAACUCGAUGCAGGAGUGCCUGGACCUUGUGGAGAAGAAGAAGGAACUAUCUGAAAGGAUUAAGGCCAAAACCAAUCAGCUGCAUGAGUUAAUUAUGCAACAAAUCUCCUUCAAGAACCUUGUGGACAGAAACAAGAACCUAGAGGAGAAGUCCGGUGUUCCUGGGCCCAACACGUCCAUACAGUUGCCAUUCAUUGUGGUGAAUACCAGUAAGAAAACUGUCAUCGACUGCAGUAUCUCCAAUGACAAAACCGAGUACCUGUUUGUUUUUAAUGAUAAGUUUGAAAUCAGUGACGACUUCGAGGUCUUAAAAAAGAUGGGCCUAGUUUUAGGUCUUGAUAAAGGCCAGUGUACAGAAGAAGACCUGGAAAAGGCCAAGUCAUUGGUACCAAAAUCUUUAGAGAGAUAUGUUACUCAGCUGGCGACCGGUGCGAGAGACUACGAGGUGGAUGGCGCGGGAACCGAGCAGCGGUGACACGGGCACUGAGGUGUCACAGCAGACCUCAUUGUCAGACCCGCUGUCCCCCAGCCACGAAUUCUCCGACGAUGACAGUGACACUUGUAGCGACGUCGAGAUCAACUAGACAAACUCUACUCUAACAUAGCAUUCAACAGUUCAAAACCGAUGUACCAAAAGAGAUUGAUCACUGAACCAUCAUUUAGUAGUUUACAGUUACCAGUUUUCUCUAUGCUUCGUGAUUGUUUGGGAACUUGAUUGGAAGGGGUGCAAAAGAGUGAAUAAUAGUUGAUUGAACCGAACACUGUAUUAAAUUGUUUCCCAGCAACUUUUCUUCCUGUUCAGUAGAAUAUCUUUAUUUAACUCAGAUUGUCUUAAUGGAUAUCUUCAUAACUCUGCAUAACAUAAUCGAGGUCUUCCACCUAUGUGCAAAAAGAACUUGGAACCAAUUCCAUUAUAAAUGUGAAAAAUAUGCAAAAAUCCUUCAAACGUAAAAUUGUUAUUUGACUGUGUGAAAAUUACUAACGUGGUAUAAGGAAAUGUCCCCAUAUAUGUAGUAUGGAGUCACAAGUGUCCAUAUCUUCUAAUUUUGGAAAUUAUAUGUCUAUCAAAAAUAUUUUCUGUUUUUGUUCAGGAUAUGAUUAUCCUGAACAAUAUUAAUAUAAUUUAGAAGUGCGAACAAAAUUCAAAGUAAAGGCAGUGCACUUACAAAAAGGGUUCAGAGGGAGAAAACGAACUAAUCACACAGAUUGUUUCUUAUAUUAAUAUGUAUUAUUAGCACGUGUCUCACAAAUUACAGUACUUCUCUUUUGUAGCAACAAUUAUCAAUUAGGAAAUAGUUUUAUAAGUUUAUAUGGAAUGUAAAUGAGUACAUACAUGAUUGUCUCAGUGACACACCUCAAACUGAUAAACAAAGAGUGGUUUCAGUUCAGAAUUGUUUCGUGACAUAUAUCGAACUGAUAAACAAAGAGUGGUUUCAGUUCAGAAUUGUUUCGUGACAUAUAUCGAACUGAUAAACAAAGAAUGGUCUCAGUUAAAUCCCACCACUAGGCCAACACUCAGGUAUACUUUCUGGCCUCUACGUUUGAUUGACUUAUUUAAAUUUUAUAAAUAAUUAACUUAGCAUCUUUCAGCCUCUUAAAUAAUUAUUUCUGCAUUGCUCAAAUUAUUUGCUCACUUACUAAUCUUGUUCUAAUACUGACUAAUGUAACCUGUUUGAGAUAAGGAUUGCUUUAGACGUAAUCUCUCAACUAUUUGAGGAAAAGGAAGUUCAAGUGCACAACAAAGUUGAAGAGUUAAUGAAUAAGACAUGCCAUACUAUAGCAGAUUAUUAACAUGUCAUUUAACUAAUGGAGAAGUAUUUGGCAUAAAGUCUACCUCUGUUAGCUUAUACACUGCAAUUACUGUAAAUUAUCUUAUGACCAAUAGAAUUGUAUAAAGAAUAGAUCACGUUACACAUGUUUUCAUUGUAGGGAAUUUGUUAUUAAUUUAUUUGUUGGGAUAUAAAUUAAAAAUAACUGAACAAAAUUCAACAAUCUCAUCUUAUUCUUAAUUUUGUUACAUACAAUAUAUAAUAUCCAAUUAAGAAUUGAUAUUAAAACAAAAGUUACUAAAGAUAAAACUAAUCCUAAUAAAUUAACGAAUAUCAAUUAGGUUUAAUUAUCUUUUAAGGUAAUAUCACUUCUUUAUAUUAAUUUAUUAUUACCAGAUUUACUUAUAAACAUUUCUGUUCUAAUUCAUUAAUAUAAACUUGAUUCAUUUAAAUCAUUGGUAAAUACUCUGAAACUGAAUUUCCUGGGUAUAUUCAGUAGGUCAUUGGGUUAAACUAUCUAAAUAUUGAUGAAGUAUACUAGUUAAUUUUUUAAAUUUAUUCUAAAUUAUUAUUGACCGUGAAAUGUGUUAUUACUAUUCGAUCUUAUCAAAACCAAUGGUGAAAGUAUUUUUGAAUCAUAAUAUACAAAUAGUUAACAACAACAAAACUGUUUUGGUUGUCCACUGGUGGCCAUAGCAUGUGUCCAAUACCCCCUCCCCACCACCUGUGUGGACAUUAGAAGUGGCAACUCCACCCCACUCCACUUGCUUUGCUCGGAUUGGCCUAAUUGUUGGGUGGGCCUCUUCGGACUGAUUUCUCCCGUACUUUGCUGAAACUUAUUCUGGUUUUGAGUAGCUUAAAAUCCAAAAGACGAAUCUUAAAAAUUAAUUGAAUAGUUUUAUUUGUUAUAAAUAAUGGCAUUAGUUCAAAAAGAAAUUUUCUGGAUAUUAAAAGGCUGAGUGAUAUUCAACUCAACACUAUUUCCAGUUUGGAGACUAGUUGUAUUGUUUUGUCGUAUACAAACUGAGUGAGAUGAUUAGUGUUGCCUGCUCUACAUCACUCUAAUGGGUGUAUUCAUCCACUAAUAUUAACCUGGUACAGGCAAUCAACACUAGUGUCACACUUAAUGUGUUAGGGAUGUGCAAGUUAUUCCUGUAAGAUGUGGGAGUGAAUGUAACUGAGUAAAUUUGCAAACCAAAUUUAUCGUAAUAACAAAAAUAUUACCAAUAAAAUAAAAUCAUAAAUUAUUUAUCGGAAGUGACACUAGUCAAAAAUUUUGUUGUUUAUUGUUUGGAAAUGAAGUACAAAUACUACAAGUGUAAACUUGAUUUAAACUUCAUUUUUUGUGUUGCAACAAAAUUACACCUCUUGAGUGACAGUGCAAGUUAUACGCAACUGUUUCAAAUUUAUUCAGUAUACUAGGGAAGGACUACAACUAAAGAAUAAGACUGAUUUAAAAAGUGUCCAUCAAUUUAUAUAUUAGUAGAAAUUGGAAAUACCUUUUGUUGGAAGAGUCAAAUGUAUAAAGCAAAAAUGAUCAAAGGAAGAAUAUUAUUGUUAGGUAGAUCAAUCUAACCUGGGAAUUUAAUUUUCAUACAGAUAGGUUAUUUUUUCUGAACAAAACAAACCUUGAAAAUAAAAAGAUAGUCACAGAAUGAGAUCUGAGUAAUUGUACAUUUUUUAGAUAAAAACUUCAUCUUAUCCAUAAUGCAUGCAUAACUAUCCAUAUUUACAUAACGCAGUAAAUGUUACAUUUCAGAAUGAAUUAUGCAAUUGUUCACAAUUUAAUGGUUAAUUUUAUAGGAAGAAUAAUUCAAACUAAAAAUUUUUUAAAGAUCUCGUUUUGCUUCCACAUCACAUAUAUUUUAAAAGCAUAAAUUAUUGAUAAUAAAAUAUUGCUUUGUGAUACUAAGAAACUAUUUGUUUUGACACCUAUUCAUUCGUGUAUUGUUGAAUCCGAAUUAUAACAAACAAUAGCAAUUAUAACAAAGUUGCAAGGAACUUUAAACAAAAAAAGUAAUUAGAAUUGGAAGGUAAGGUUAAUUUAGUUAAACUUGACGUGAAUUGUUGAAAAUUUGUGUUUACCAAUUUAUUAAUACUAAGUUGAUGCUAAACUAUUAUUGGUUUUGACAGAUAGAGUGUUUGAGUGUUACCUUCUUGGGAAAUUUUCACUGCCUUUUAUAUUGCCUUUGCUGUAUUAUUUUGUUGAAACUGUUCUGUUGAUAGAAUUACUUGACAAUGUAUCAGUUUGUAUUUUAUUUUUAAUGUUUUUUAACUAAGCUGCAAGAUGAACACACUUUUGGCAUGUUAAAUACAACUGCAUUGUAAAUAUGA